AUGCGGAUAUUCAACUGCUACUUCUGCUCAUCAAGCAUAUACCCAGGUCACGGUUCUACAUUUGUGAGAAAUGACGGGGCUGAGUUUAAGUUCUGCAGGUCAAAAUGCGUAAAGAACUUUAAGCUUAAGAGAAACCCAAGGAGAGUCGCAUGGACCAAGACAUACAGAAAAGUCAGAGGAAAGGACUUGGUCAAUGACACAUCUCAGGAAUUCGAAAGAAGAAUCCACGAGCCAAUCAUCUACAACAAAGAGGUAUACGAUAAAGUCAUUCAAAGUAUGCCUAAGAUAGCAGCCAUAAGACACUCCAGAGAGGCAUUCCAUAUUAAAAAUAGAAUUCUAACAGGAAAGGAGAAGAUGGUAGAAGACGAAAGAAUCUUCAUCGUAAAGAAUCUGGAUGCCCUGACAGAAGACCAAAGAAUGCGAGAAAACCAAGAGAGAAAGAGAAGAAUCAGAGAGACUCUAAAGAUGCCAUUUGAAUAA